AUCUGAGGAAACAGCAGAACUGCUCGUAGAGAAAUCUCGCAUAGCUGAGGAGGAAACGAUGCUUUUGACACAGAAAGCCUCAGAGGCAGAGCAAGAGUGCCAGAGGGCACACCUCAUUUCUGCCAAAACUCAGGAAGAAAAGAUGCUUAUGGAACAUAAGGUACGAGAAGCAGAAAUGCUAGUGUCAAAAUUAGUCGAAGAAGGAGAAAGACGAGCUACUGAGGCUGACCGUCUUCAACAUGAACUCAUCCGAGCUCGAAUUGCAGAGAAACAGGCAAAGGAAAAGCUAACUGGCUUUAUACAAAGCUUUAAUGCAUCCAUUAGUCAUUCAGCAGCCAACUCUAAUCUCCUUAAUGCAUCUCUGCUGAAUGCUACCCUUUUGAAUUCUUCUACCCCCCACUUGCCAACUGCACUCUCCCACAGUUUGGUUGUAGGCAGUAGCAAUGAUGUAGGUAUUGGAUCUACUGGCGACUUGCCUGAUCUGACAUUAGGCGGCAGCACAGAUGCACUGAGCUCAACAUAUGUUGGACAUGAAUUGACAUCUUUAGACCUACUGAAUGACACAGAUGUAGAGCAGCUGAGCCUAGAAAUUGAAAAGGAAAGAGGAGAAUACUUGGAGAGGUCAAGACAUCUACAACAACAACUUAGACACCUAAAAUCUGAAAUUGAAGUGUUAAAAGUGGAAGAAAAUCAGACUGUUUUGGAUGCCGUGUAUCAUGAGCAACUGCGGUCAGGAGAGACAAAAUACUCCACCUUGCGUCGCACACGCUCUGGUACCACAAGAACCAGAGUUGCAUUCUUUGAGGAACUUUGAGAUGAUGUGGCACUCCUAGGUAUUCAUUGCUGCAAAUGCUAUAAGCUGAGGAAGAACCCCAUCAGAACCUCACACUUUUUCUGCCAUGGUGAGAAAAAUGGAUAAGGUCAUCCUCAUUGAUGGAUUUCCUGUAGACCUCAAGUUUGAAAUGUUGCUGUCUUUGAGUAGUAGAACAUUGAAGGGGGUAAUAAAAAAAUAGAUAACUCUAUAGAGGGUUCUAAACUGGCGAGUCGUUCCUAAGGUCUUCAAGCUUCUGACAUUUAUGGGCUACAACAGUGCUGUAUGAUCCUUUCAGGUAUAGCAUUUAACUUUUUUAUAAUAGACCACAAGGAUGCCAUCAACAUGUUGCAGCCAGGUGACAUGGGAAAAGGGGAGAGGAUCAUGUUGACAAAAUGCUAUACUUCACAUGCUUCAUAUAGAGGCUAGCUAGUACCACACACACAAGCAACCCAUGGUUGUUAAUUUUUUCCUAAAGCUGUUGUCAAAAUAAAAAACAGCAAUUAAAUUUAACAGAGUUCAGCAUAAAUGAUGGAAUUACUGCUUCCAUUCCACAAUUCUAUGUAUGAUGUGAUGAUCCUGUGUAGUAUGGCAGUGGCCUGGUUGGCAAGAACCCAUGUGAAUAGCAAGGUAACGUCUAGACUAACAUUUCUGGUACUGAGGCUUUGUAUCCUGUUAAAGGUGCACUGCUGAUGCCUAACCAUCAUAUUUCAAAAUUAGGCACCAUCAGCAGUUCAUACUUCCAUCAUUUAGAACUCAACAUAAAAAGCAUCAGCAUCUGAAAUAUGAAACUUUCUAGUCAGGAUGUCACCUCCCUUUUCAUAGGUGCACUGACCAAUGCAUCACCUUAGUACAGUGUCAUCACAUCAGACAAGGAAUUACUACUACCAUCCUGUGACUUUCGUCUUAUUGAAUUCUGUUAAAUUAAAUUUAUUUCAAUCUCUAUAUGGGGCAUCUUGCCAAAAAAUCCCCCUCGAAUGCCAGCUGGUUACAAGAUAUUUGAUAUCCUUGUCAUGGCUCCUAGACAUCUCAGCCUUGGGGAUCUGAGAAAGUAAGGGAAGAGUUUCUUCCCUUCCUCUGUUCUACUACUAAAAAGAUUUCAACACUUUUAAAUUCAAGGUCUGCAUGAAACCCAAAGAGAAUGAUCCUAUCUCUUUCUUUUCUUAUUGUGACAGAAAAACCAAGUGGGGUGCUGUUUGCUUUCUUCCUCAGACCCUAUAGGGUUUGUAGCAAUGAAGGCUUACAAGAGUGCUUCUACAUCUCAAACCCAGCAAAUCUAUUAAGUUCCCAUGUGUUUUAUUGCAGGCAUAAGACACACUAUACCUUGGAGUCUUCCAAACAACUUGGUUAACAGAUGUAUAGCUCUUCUCAUUGGUAACGUUACUAUUACAGUUGCACCCAUUCUCCAUAUAAUUAAAAUUGAGGUAGCAGUGGUAUCCAAAAUGAUUAAGGACAUCACUAGACCUAUAUCCACAGUACAUCUAACAUGGCUGGGGUCUACAUCAUUCCUUGAGCCAAGUACAGUACACAGCCAGCCUAGAACAGGUAUGUAUACAUAACUUAUGAUCUGGAAUAAAGCCCAACUUCUGUUACACAAGGAGGAUAGAGUCAAAGCGCACAAAGCCACCUUUAUCCAAACCUACAAUGUUACAGAGCCAAACACAGUUUGCUAAACCUAUCACCCACAUUCUCUGAAGGCACCAACCUUCACCCCCACAGCCUAUGCAAGUACCAGUUGAUAUGCUGUCUAACUUUAAAAUGCUCUCCUUGAGCAAAACAUUGUUAUAAUAAAGACGUGAUGUUUC